AUGGAGGAAGGACUGUACAAGUAUAUCAGGAAUGGGGAUGGAAAAGUCAGCCGUCUCAUCCGGAUUGGAACUCGGAAGAGUGAGUUGGCUCGUAUUCAGACUCAAAGUGUUGCAGAUAAACUGAAAGAGCUGCACCCUGACAUCAGUUUAGAAAUAGUGGCCAUGUCAACAAUUGGGGAUAAAAUCCUUGACACGGCAUUAUCGAAGAUUGGAGAGAAGAGUUUGUUCACCAAAGAGUUGGAGAUUGCUCUAGAGAAAAAUAUGGUGGAUCUUGUAGUCCAUUCACUGAAGGACCUUCCUACGACACUGCCUCCAGGAUUCACCAUUGCAGCUGUGCUCAAGAGAGAGAACCCCCAUGAUGCCGUAGUUUUACAUCCCAAAAAUGUUGGGAAAACUUUGGAGACUCUCCCAGAAAAAAGUGUGGUAGGCACCAGUUCACUGCGACGUGCUGCUCAGUUGAAAAGGAGAUUCCCCCAUUUGGAGUUUAAAGAUAUCCGUGGAAACUUGAACACAAGGUUGAAGAAACUGGAUGAGAAGGAGAACUUUGCUGCUAUCAUCUUGGCUGCUGCCGGCCUAAAAAGAAUGGGUUGGGAAGACAGAAUCAGCCAGAUCCUGGAGCCCGAUGAUUGCAUGUAUGCUGUUGGACAGGGUGCUCUGGCCGUGGAGGUUCGAGCCAAAGAUAUAGACAUCCUGGAGAUGUUGUCAGUGCUGAACGAUACUGAUACGGUUCUGCGUUGCAUCUCCGAGAGAGCCUUUCUCAGGCAUCUGGAGGGAGGAUGCAGUGUUCCUGUGGCUGUGCACACACUAGUGAAAGACUCCCAGCUUUACUUGACGGGUGCCGUAUACAGCUUGGAUGGUUCGGACUUUCUGAAGGACACCAUGCAGACUAGCAUCGCACCGAGCGAUAAGUGCUCGGAGGAAGUAGACCAGCAGGACCAGCACGUGGGAGUCACAGCUCUCAAGAUCUGCAGCGUCUCUCAGGGGAACGCUGAGCGUCUAGGGGUGGAGCUGGCAAACUUGCUCCUGAGUAAAGGAGCCAAAAAGAUCCUGACUGUGGCCAGACAGCUCAAUGAUGCUAGAUAA